UGUUUCCAUUUUCUCUGCGAGAUAAAGCGAAGAACUGGUUAAACUCCAUGCCUGCAGAUUCAGUUAUCAGUUGGGAAGAUUUAGCUCAGAAAUUCCUUGCUAAGUUUUUUCCACCAGCCAAGACAGCAAAAAAGCGCAUUGAGAUAGCUAACUUCGCCCAACUUGAGAGUGAACCAUUGUAUGAGGCAUGGGAGAGAUACAAGGAUUUGCUCAGGCGAUGCCCCCACCAUGGACUACCGAAGUGGAUGCAGGUGCAGAAUUUUUACAAUGGAUUGAAUGCCUCCACAAGAACACUAAUUGAUGCAGCUUCAGGAGGAGCUUUUAUGAGUAAGUCACAGGAUGAUGCUUACAACUUAUUAGAAGAAAUGGCUAUGAACAAUUACCAAUGGCCAAAUGAAAGAAGCAUACAGAAGAAGACUGUUGGGGUGCAUGAAAUUGAUGCAAUCACGGCAUUAACAGCUCAAGUCCAUUCACUAACUCAGCAACUGAAAACCACUCAACUGUCAGCAAAUGCCAUCCAUACAACGUGUGAUUUUUGCCAUGGAAAUCACACAAGUGAAGAGUGUCAGGUUGGGAACCCAUUCUCUCAAGCAGAGCAUGCUCAUUUUGUGUCAAACUACAGCCGGCAGAACAACCCCUACAGUGCAACAUAUAAUCCCGGUUGGAGAAAUCAUCCUAAUUUCUCUUGGAACAAUCAAACUAUCAUGAAGAAUCCAGCCAUGCCAUCUUCAAGUGAGCACAUGAAAGAGAAAUCAAAACUUGAAGAAGCUAUGACACAAUUAGCAAACAACACCAUCAGAUUCAUGACUGAAACAAAUACUAAUCUGCAGAACCAAGCAGCUUCUAUUCGAAAUUUGGAGGUUCAAGUUGGUCAGUUAGCCAACAUGCUCACGGGUAGACAACAAGGAAAUCUACCAAGCACAACUGAAAUUAAUCCUAAGGAGCAAUGCAAGGCCAUAACUUUAAGAAGUGGAAAAGAAGUGGAGCAGACCGCUGGAAACAAGAGUGCAGGAAGAGAAGAGGAGGAGCAAGUGGCCAAACCACUUCAGAAUAUGAAAAAAUCUGAUCCUCUGCCAGAACCAACGCAAGAAAUAAUGCAGAGAAUUCCAUUUCCACAACGUCUCAAGAAGAAUAAACUUGAUAAGCAAUUUUCUAAAUUUCUUGAUGUGUUUAAAAAAUUGCAGAUUAACAUUCCUUUUGCAGAUGGUCUUGAACAAAUGCCAAGCUAUGUGCAAUUUUUGAAGGACAUCCUCUCAAACAAAAGAAAGCUAGAGGAAUAUGAGACUGUUGCUCUUACUGAGGAAUGCAGUGCCAUUUUGCAGAAGAAACUGCCUCCUAAACUUAAGGAUCCAGGGAGUUUUACUAUACCAUGUUCCAUUGGAAAUUCUAUAUUUGAAAAAGCUUUAUGUGAUUUAGGUGCAAGUAUUAAUCUCAUGCCUUUAUCUAUUUUUAAGAAGCUUGGUUUAGGUGAAGCAAGGCCAACCACAGUAACACUGCAGCUAGCUGACAGGUCAUUGAAGCAUCCAAGGGGCAUAAUUGAAGACGUACUGGUGAAAGUGGGCAAGUUCAUCUUUCCAGCAGACUUCAUCAUACUGGAUAUGGAGGAGGAUAAUGAGAUUCCUAUCUUGCUUGGCUGGCCAUUCUUGGCCACUGGAGGUGCGUUAAUUGAUGUGAAGAAAGGGGAGCUGCGGUUAAGGGUGAAUGAAGAGGAGGUGAUUUUCAAUUUGUUCAAAGCCAUCAAACAGCCAGAUAUGGGGGAGAGUUGCUUCAGCAUUCAAGUGGUGGACUCUUUAAUUAAUGACAAAGUCAAGCUUCCAACUGACCCGUUGGAAGCAUGUUUGGUAAAUAAUGUACUGGAAGAGGAUGCUGAAAUAGCAGAAUAUACAUGUUGGAUGGACUCUUUUGAACCUAACCGCAGAAGAUACUUUGAAGAUUUGGGACAACCAGCACCAAAAAUAAAAUCAACCAGUGAACAAGCACCGGUUCUGGAAUUGCAACCUCUGCCAGAACACCUUCGGUAUGCAUAUCUUUGAGAAGC